GGCCUGGGCCGCGCAGGGGGCGGGGAGAGCGGGGAGCGGCGGCGGGGCGGCGCGGGGCGGCGCGGGGCGGCGCGGGGCGGAGGGCGCCCGAGGGCGAGCGGGCGGGCGGGCACGGCGGGUUCCGGGCCAGCCCCGGGGGCGGACGGUUGGCCGCGCGCGCGGAGCCUCGCCGGGGCCUUGCGGGAGCCGGGCCGGGCCGCAGGGCCGCCGCCGCCGCCCGGGCCCGCCGCCCGCGCCCCCCACGCUGGCCCAGAGGGCUGCGGCCGCGUCGCCGCUGAGGAUGUCCCGGAAGGGGCCGCGAGCGGAGGUGUGUGCGGACUGCAGCGCCCCGGACCCUGGCUGGGCAUCUAUCAGCAGAGGUGUGCUGGUUUGUGACGAGUGCUGCAGUGUGCACCGGAGCCUAGGACGACACAUCUCCAUUGUCAAGCACCUUCGCCACAGCGCCUGGCCUCCUACACUGCUACAGAUGGUGCACACACUUGCCAGCAACGGGGCCAACUCCAUCUGGGAGCAUUCCUUGCUGGACCCUGCACAAGUGCAAAGUGGCCGGCGCAAAGCCAAUCCCCAGGACAAAGUCCACCCCAUCAAGUCAGAGUUCAUCAGGGCAAAGUACCAGAUGCUGGCGUUUGUGCACAAGCUUCCCUGCCGUGAUGAUGAUGGGGUCACCGCCAAAGACCUCAGCAAGCAACUGCACUCGAGUGUGCGAACAGGCAACUUGGAGACAUGUCUGCGCCUGCUCUCCUUGGGUGCCCAAGCCAACUUCUUUCACCCAGAAAAGGGCACUACACCUCUACACGUGGCUGCCAAGGCAGGGCAGACACUGCAGGCUGAGCUGCUGGUAGUGUAUGGGGCUGACCCCGGGUCCCCUGAUGUCAAUGGCCGCACACCCAUUGACUAUGCCAGGCAGGCGGGGCACCAUGAACUGGCAGAGAGGCUAGUUGAGUGCCAGUAUGAGCUCACUGACCGGUUGGCCUUCUACCUCUGUGGACGAAAGCCUGAUCACAAGAAUGGGCAUUACAUCAUCCCACAGAUGGCUGACAGAUCUCGGCAAAAGUGCAUGUCUCAGAGCUUGGAUCUGUCUGAAUUGGCCAAAGCUGCCAAGAAGAAGCUGCAAGCACUCAGCAACCGACUCUUUGAGGAACUUGCCAUGGAUGUGUAUGAUGAGGUGGAUCGGAGAGAAAACGAUGCUGUGUGGCUAGCUACCCAAAAUCAUAGCACCCUGGUGACGGAGCGCAGUGCUGUGCCCUUCCUGCCAGUCAACCCUGAAUACUCAGCCACACGGAAUCAGGGACGACAGAAAUUGGCCCGUUUUAAUGCCCGAGAAUUUGCCACCUUGAUCAUUGACAUUCUCAGUGAGGCCAAACGGAGGCAGCAGGGCAAGAGUCUGAGCAGCCCCACAGACAACCUCGAGCUGUCUGCACGGAGCCAAAGUGACCUGGACGACCAACACGACUACGACAGUGUGGCUUCUGACGAAGACACAGACCAGGAGCCUCUGCCCAGUGCAGGCGCCACGCGGAACAAUCGUGCCAGGAGCAUGGACUCCUCAGACCUGUCGGAUGGGGCUGUGACGCUGCAGGAGUACCUGGAGCUGAAGAAGGCUCUGGCUACCUCCGAGGCCAGAGUGCAGCAGCUCCUGAAGGUCAACAGCAGUCUGAGCGACGAGCUACGGAGGCUGCAGAGGGAGAUCCACAAACUGCAGGCAGAGAACCUGCAGCUCCGACAGCCACCGGGACCAGUGCCUCCACCCUCACUUCCAAGUGAUCGGGCAGAACACACACUUAUGGGGCCUGGUGGAAGUACCCAUCGCAGGGACCGCCAGGCUUUCUCUAUGUAUGAGCCAGGCUCUGCCCUGAAGCCCUUUGGAGGUGCACCUGGGGAUGAGCUCGCCACACGGCUCCAGCCUUUCCACAGCACAGAGCUGGAAGACGAUGCCAUCUAUUCAGUGCAUGGCCCUGCUGGCCUUUAUCGGAUCCGGAAGGGGGUGUCUGCCUCUUCUGUGCCCUUCACUCCCUCCUCCCCACUGCUGUCAUGCUCCCAAGAAGGAAGUCGCCAUGCGAGCAAGCUUUCACGCCAUGGCAGUGGUGCAGACAGUGACUAUGAGAACACACAGAGUGGGGAUCCUCUACUUGGGCUUGAAGGGAAGCGAUUCCUAGAGCUGAGCAAAGAGGAUGAGCUGCACCCUGAGCUGGAGAGCUUAGAUGGAGACCUAGACCCUGGGCUCCCCAGCACUGAAGAUGUCAUCCUAAAGACAGAGCAGGUCACCAAGAACAUUCAGGAACUAUUGCGGGCAGCCCAGGAGUUCAAACAUGACAGCUUCGUGCCCUGUUCAGAAAAGAUCCAUUUGGCUGUGACUGAGAUGGCCUCUCUCUUCCCAAAGAGGCCAGCCCUGGAGCCUGUGCGCAGUUCACUGCGGCUGCUCAAUGCCAGCGCCUACCGGCUGCAGAGUGAAUGCCGGAAGACAGUGCCUCCAGAACCUGGCGCCCCUGUGGACUUCCAGCUGCUGACUCAGCAGGUGAUCCAGUGCGCCUAUGACAUCGCCAAGGCUGCCAAGCAGCUGGUCACCAUCACCACCCGAGAGAAGAAACAGUGACCACUUUCCCUGCCCUUACCCACACCCUGGGACCUCACUGGCCAUGGGAGCUGGGCCACUCCAGACACUAACCCACCCCCAACAGAGCCACUGGCACAAGUGCCCUUAGUGCCACCAUUCUCCUCUGGCAUCCAGGUGCCCUGGUGCCCACCCUCUCAAGCCCCAAGGACGGGAAUGUGAGGUGACAGGAGCUUCUGUCCCCCACAUUUCAUGCCCCUCCCUCUGUACAUAGCAUCCCUGCCCUGCUGAUGUGCAGGAGCCUCAAGGAGCCCCUCCCAGCUCUUCACCUGCCUUCCAGGGCACCCUCAGCAAAGGGUGGGACAGGGACACUCCAAGUGGGGCAGCUCCGCCUACUGCACCCUAUCCCCAUGAGCCAGUUUAGCCCUGGGGGGCCGAGCAGGGGCAUCCCCCUCCUUUGUACAUUAUCUCUGGAUGUCUCUGCCCUGUAGCCAGCAGCCCCCCUUGCUGCUCUUUCAUGCCAAAUGGCCCCUGCCUAGAGCACAGGCCCCAACUUGUGUGCCAGGGUCCCCAGCAGCAAACACUGGAAAGUCUUUCCUCUCCCCUACCCCCUAAUUUUAACUUUGUGGUAACUGAGUGUCCCUGCGUUCCUACAACUGAGUAUGUGAGCGGCAGUGCCGUUCCAGAGACCUGACCCACCUGGAGCUCUGAGGGGCAGGGGAACCAGAGGAGGGACCGGCAUUGGAAGUCAGCUCCCCUCUCCCCCACCUGGGACAGGGGGACUGUCAGGGUCACCAGCUGUGGUCCAGUUGCUGCCCCUACUUGUAUCCCUAUCCUAUAAACUUAAAAGGAAAACCACUUCCCUCCAUCUCUCCCUGGUCCCCUGAGGGAAGUGUGCUGGCCAGGCAGAGGACAGAGCACCUGCGCCUGGGGCUGGCUCCCCAGGGUCCCCAACUCAGCUGGUGGCUGUGGAACUGAGCCCCUCCCCCUAGCCUUUGCAAGGCCAGCACCCACAUCACUACCUGCACCUACAGUGACCCACCCCUGAAGGCCUGGGGAUCCGGCUGCAGCUGGGAAGGCUGGCAAGGCACUGACAGCACCCACCAGCUACUCUCCCCCAACCACCUUCCCUAACCUGUGGUGGUGGGUAGCUGUCAGAAUGUGUGUCAUGUACAUUUGUAUCAAAAAUAAAUAAGUGACCAUGUGCCACUU